UCGCCAAUGUUUUGUUUGAUGGCCACAGCAGCCCAAAAAUUUAGUAUUCAAGACAUUUUUUUUUUCGGAUGAGUGGACUUAAACAUGACCGUAACCUGCAUUGCAUACAACUGUCGGAGUAAAAGGGAAAAGGGCGUAGGAUUUUUCAGGUUUCCGCACGAAAAACCUAAACUUCUCAAAUUAUGGAUUGCCAAACUUAGAUGGAAGGACUGGACUCCAAGUCUAAAUACAUUGAUCUGUUCCAAACACUUUGAGGCAAAAGACGUGGAUGUGACUGGAUUUAGAUGUCGAUUAAGACCAGGAGCUGUGCCUACCAUCUUCGACUUUCCUGAGUCCAUCUCUUCCCAGUCAAGAAAAGUCUUAAUCGACCCACGCAGUAGACGAGCUAAAACUGAUCCCGGGCACCUCCAGUCUCUGGAGUAUCGGCCACCGUGGAAAAGGAGGAAAUAUGUGCGACAGACACCAAGAGAUGUCCAACAAAUUGUCCCUGCUCAGCCUCAGCCUCAACAUCAACAUCAACCUCAGCCUCAGCAGAAACAGCCCGCAGAGACACAGAAACAGUCUGCAGAGACACAGAAACAGUCUGCAGAGACACAGAAACAGUCUGCAGAGACACAGAAACAGUCUGCAGAGACACAGAAACAACCCGCAGUGGCACAGAAACAGCCUGCUGUGGCACAGAAGCGGCCCGCAGAAGUACAGAAGCAGCCUGCAGGGGCAAAGCAGCACCCCGCAGUGGCUAAGCAGCAGCCCGCAGCACCUGUGACUAACGCUUCUACACUGCCUGUAAUCUGGCCGAUUGUAGGAGAGAAAUCCAUGUUCAGGAGACGAACUUUGCCGAGUUUCUUCCACAGCCACUACUGUCUUCCACAGUCUUUUCACUGGCCAGGCGAUGCUGAAGCUAAUUUUGAACCUUCCUGGUUGGCUGAGAAGAAUGAUGUAUCAACCAUCCCGCAUAUUAUAAAGGUCACCGGGAGAUGGCAGUGGCUCGGCUUGGAUUUCAGAGGCCCGUUACCAAAGACCAUGAAUGGUGACCAGUUUCUAUUGACCGUAACUGACUAUCACUCUAAGUGGGUUGAAGCUUUCCCUGUGACGACCAUGGUCAGUCAUGAGGCAGCGGGAAUCGUGUGUGAUCUGUUUACUCAGUUUGGCUACCCGUUGGGUAUUCUCUCGCGCCUGAGUAAAGACUCCAUAAGAAAAUUAAACGGUAUGAUCCUCUAUCAGUUGAAGAAGAGGAGCCGACCGCAAUACGACAAUGAUUACAUUGUGUACCACCGUCAAGCAGCAUUCCUGGAUCCUGUCACAGAGUUGCGUAUCAACAGCAUGGUGUCUGAACUCGUGAAGGAAUACCCUGUUACCUGGAAUGUGUCCUUGCCUGGUCGUGUUCUCCGCUUGUGUUGCACUGAGCAUCCCAGUAUUGGAAAGAGUCCUUUUGCUCGCAUGUACCUCAAGGAACCCCAACCAGUCACCACACCCAGAGAGUUGCCGUUUUCUCCAGCCGUCGUUGAAGAUAGCUCCUUUGUGGUUGACUUGUCAGAAAAGUCAGAGGACAACCAAGGCCAGAGUGCAACAUCUCAACUGACUGAUACUGCGGGAUCUGAGGUGGUGGCUGGAGAUGCACCUUUGAAUGGAGAAGGAUGCACGAAUGGAGAGGGCUGUUCAAAUGGAGAAGAGCAGUCAAGAUGACGGCCAAUAUUGUGCAUGACAAUCUUAACACUCACUCACACUCACAACCGUGUUUGUGUGAUGGCAGCCUUCUAGUUAUAUUACAGAUGCUUUCCCAGAGACUCUACAGAGACUCCACAGAAAUGUCCAUUUUAAGUUAGCUUGUUGGUGUAGACGGAAACCUGCUCUUCAAAUUUUGCCUGUUUAAUACAUUAUCCGAAUGAGAUACCUGAGGGGACUGAUAGAGUUUUGAGCUUGGUGGAUGUUAUUGAGGCUUCCCUUCUUAUUUGAUGUUGCUGAACUUCUUUUUUGAAGCUAUUGCAAUGGUUGUUUUCUGUUUUGUGGCUCAGCAGUCAAAAACACCUUUCUGUAUAUAAUGUUGAGUUACUGAAUGUAAAUCAGAGCAUUCUAAGGGUUUUACAUUCUAUGGAAUGGCACAUGCUGUUGUUGUGUUUGUAUAUUUUGUAAAGUAAAAUAUCUAAACAGAAA